CGGGACAGCCCGGAGGUGCUGGUGGCGCCGCAGGGCCGGAUCCGCAGCCCGCCCCACGGGCGCCCCCCGCCCGCUGUCUGCGCCUGGCACAUCCCGGCCGCGCCCGGCGACGUCGUCACGCUCCGGUUCAAGCGCCUGGUGGUGCCAUGUGGGGCAGAGCUGUUGACCGUGCGGGCACGAGGACAACUCCCCCGGCCACUGUGUGGAACCCAUCCACCACCCCCCCUGCACUACCGGGGCACCAACAUCACCCUGACCUACCUCCACCCCUACCAUCCGAGCACCGGCUUCCAGCUCACCUAUGACCGAGGUCGCCAGCCCCCCCCGGCCUGCAAUGUCGCCCUGGAUGACUUCUAUGGCGUCUUUGGGCCACCGCCCACCCCUGCCCGCUGCCGCUGGGCCCUGGACCCCCAUGCCAGCCGCCCACUCACCGUGGCCUUCACCUGGCUGGAGCUGGCACCGGGCGAUGCCCUGACAGUCUAUGAGGGGCACCCAGGGGUGCCAGCUCAGCCCCUGCGACACCUGGACUCCACCUCCAACGGGCGCCGGGUGACAGUGGAGGCAGCUUCCAGCCGGGCCUGGGUGUCCUGGGCUGGCCUGGGUUCCUUCAAUGCGACCUACCACGUGCGCGGCUUCUGUGUGCCCUGGACGCGGCCCUGCGGUGAUGGCGGCGGCUGCUACAGCGACACUCAGCGCUGCGACGGCACCUGGGACUGUGCCGACGGUGCUGACGAGGCGGGCUGUCCUGGGUGCCCGCCUGGGCAUUACCCCUGCAGCGGAACUGGUGGCGAGCCCUGCUACAGCCCCAGCGACCGCUGCAACUACCAGACGCUGUGUCCAGGCGGGGCAGAUGAGCGGGGCUGUUGGCGCUGCCAGCCGGGGCACUUCCGCUGCGGCGAUGGGCGCUGCGUGUACGAGGCCUGGCGCUGCGACGGGCAGCCCGACUGUGCGGAUGCCUCUGAUGAGGCCGCCUGCCCUGCCACCCCACCCCGCAAAGUGGUGGCUGCUGCUGCCAUUGGCAGCCUGGUCUGCGGCCUCCUGCUGGUCGUGGCACUUGGCUGCCCCUGCCGCCUCUAUGCUGUCCGUGCCCGGGAGUACAGCCUGUUUGCACCCCUCUCGCGGGGCGAUGCGCGGCUGGUGCGGCAGGAGGCGCCUCCAUCCUACGGGCAGCUUAUCGCGCAGGGCGCCAUCCCGCCCCUUGACGACUUCCCCACUGAAAGCCCUGGGCAGACGUCGCUGCUGGCCAACUUGCGCUCGGUGCUGCACGUGCUGCGCCAGGAUGCCGCGGGCACUGGGGGCCGCCGUGCCCGCCGCCCGCCCCGUCCACUGCGCCGCCUCCUGCGCCGCCUUCGCCGCUGGGGGCUUCUGCCCCGUCCCAGCCCUGCCCCUCGGGCUCCUGCUGCUGCCCCCUCACCUCCAGAAGGGGGUGGGGCUACCGCAGAUGCUGACACCACCACCGCCAGCCAAGCUGAGGAGCAGGCCCCGCCCCUGCCGCAGAAAGCACCGCCCCCUGGGGCCGAAUCAACAGCAGCUCCACCCCAGGCUCUGCCCCCAGCCCCACAGCCUUCUGGGGGGGUGCUGCGGGCUCUACGGGGCCGGCUUUUCCCUGUCGGGGAUGCCCCAGGCCCAUCGCCCUCAGUGGAGGAGGAGGACGACGUGCUGCUGCUGCCCCUGGCUGAGCCCCGGCCCUGCCUCUCCCUCCCCACCUCAGAUGCUGAUGAUGAACCCCUACUCACCUGACCAAAUCUGCCACAGGAAUUUUUAUAUCGGCCCUGCUUCAUUGCCUUUAAGAGCCCAUCAGGGAGCAGCAAAGGAAUGUUUAUGUGGCAGUCAAAAAAAAAAAGAAAAGAAAAGUCCAGACAUCUCUUAAAGGGAUUGGUAUGGCAUAGCUUUCCCUUUAAAGACCUAGUGCUGGCAGAAAGGGAGGUGUAUAUAGCUGGCAAUCUUAAAAGGAUGGCACUGUCACACAUUUUCUUUAAGGAUCUGCCUCUAGUAGAGGGGGAAUAUUGGUGUGGCUGUUAACACUGGUUCUUAAAAGGGUGUGUAUAUGUUUUUUCCAAACCUAGCAGCCAAUGAGGGAGCAGGAUUGAGCCCACUGUGACACCACAUUCCUCUAGGCGUUACCAGAGAUGACCUUUGGCUUGGCAUGGAAGAGAUCUUUUGUAUGGAAGUUGACAAAAGAUUCUUGAUGCAUUAGUUGGCCAUACCUUUAUAGCGGUUUAAAGGUACCAGCUCGAGAUCACAGCAGAAAAUAAAUAAUUGCAUGCAGUCAAAAAGGCUCUUAAAGGCAAAUGCCAGAGUUGUUCCUCAGUUAAAGAAACCUUAAGGGCAGUGGCCCAAUUGAAAUUGUUUCUAGGGGCAUUAAAAUGAUUCUUUAGGGCAGUGGCUUUGUUAGAGAUAAGAGGUGCAAAGAAGCCUCUUAAAGGCAAUGGCUUGGCUGACAAUAUUUUUUUCUAUUUUGGCUGAUUUUUUUGAUUUUUUUUUGUAAAUAAUGUAUUUUUCCAAUGGCAAGCGAGGGAAGCAUUCAAAGCCCUUUGCAUUUCUUGCAGCGCCUGAUGCAGACAAGCCUCUGCAGCCAUUUUGUGCAUGGAGGAUUUUUAUAUGGUGGUUUCUUAAAGGUGAGGCAAAUAAAAUGAAAAAAAAAAAUUAGUUGCCCAUUGGCCAUGCUUAGGGCUCAUUCAAAUAAAUAACACAUGCAAAAUCUCCAUGCCUGGACAAGAUUCUCUGUGUCAAAUAUUGGCAUGGCUGGGUCAGAAACCCAAGACAACUUUCUUAAAGCAAUAGCUGCCUUAUUUCCUCCUUGAGACUGUUGCAAAGGAUUCUCAUGCUUAAGGGCAAAUUAGCAGGGGUGAUUUAAUAUGUGUGUUUGUACUUGCUUGGCAAGUUUUAUUCUUGAUAACAAAGCCUAUGUAUGUUAGUUAAAUAGAGAGAGAUGUAUAUUCUUAUAGGCAGUGGCCAAAUCUAAAAGACUUAGCUAUUUUUGGAGAAACCUUUAAUAUAUAUGUGUGUGUGUGCGUGCACACGUGUGUGCCUUUUGUUAAAAAAGUGAGAGAUUGAUGUAUGACUCACUGUAUAUUGGGAAUUAGGUGGGAAUUGGCCUCAAACAUUUGUGUUUUAUGGUGUUUUAAAGGUACCCUGGAAAUAAAACCUGAAGUACUAAAGUAACAAGUACUUAUCCAGCUCUAAAUCGAGGGGAGGUUAUAAUUAUAGAGGGAAGGUGGAGGGUAUAAUUUUCUGGGUUUUAUUUAAAUAUAUAGGCACCAUAAAAUUGUACAAAUCAGGUGGAAUAGUAGGUCAUAAGCUUAACCUAGAAUAUUUGCGUGGCUGGCUUCCCCUGCCCCUUUCGGAAACCUCUUAAAGGAGAAGGUGAGACCAAGAAAACAUUCCCCAGCUUUUUCCUUCACCGUCAUUGGUAGUGUUAUCUGGGGUGGGGCGGGGGGAGAAAACUCCAUUUGGAAAGCUGUCUCCCUCCAAAAAAAAAAAAAUAGUGGGGGUGUGCGGCCUUGAAUAUUUGUCUGACAAAAAAUAAUAAAAGGCUUUUCAAAUCAGGGACCAAAUGCUAAAAUUCCUGUUCACACCACCAAUCCCCACUUUACAGAAAUCUUUCCUUAUUAUUUUUUUUAAUGAUAUUGGUGAUUCUUGAUGGAAAAGAAGUGUUUGUAUGGCAGUUAAAAAUGUUCUUCAAUGCAAUGGCAAUUUUGAAACAUAAUUGAUAGUUAUCGGUCAGGGAAUCAUUUUUAAUUCCUUUAAGGUGCAAAGUAAGAAGAUGAUAUGAUUUAUCUGUCUACAAAACCAAGCCACCAUAAAACAACCCCAAAAUAAUUGUGGCAGUCAAAAAAUAAAUAAAAGCUUCUUAAAGGCAGCUUUUUUAUUGGAAAAAUGUAACCCAAUUAAGGGAGGUGUGGGGGGUGUUGGAUAUUUUGGGUUUUGUUUUGCUUUGAAAAUGCUGAAAGGCAAGGUAGAAGAAGCAGGGGCAGCUACUUUAGACAAGGCUCAGAAUACUUAUGUGACUGUCAAAAACGUGGGUUCUUUAAAGGAAAUGGCCAAGUGGAAAAAUGAAACCAAUGUUGGUUUUGGAAGUUGUUGGGGAGAGGGUUGAUCUUUUAGUUUGUGUGGACGGCUCUUGAAGGCCAUUGACAAGACCCUUGAGCAGUAACUUAAAGGAGCAAAAUAUAUUAGCCUGGCUGUCAAAAAAGCCUGAAAGGUUCUUAAAGGCAAUGGCCAGGUGGAGGAUUUUAGCUGCCUUUUACUGGCAAGGGGCACGUUUCACUGGGUGGUUUCUAGGCUAUGACAUGGGGGGGGGCGUUUUGGGGUUGCAUUGGCUCUUGGGUUCUCUGCUCUGUGACCUGUUUCCUGUCGAACUCUUCAUUGCCUCUUUCUCGAAUUGAUGUGGGAAAUUAAAGCAAUUUUUAAGGGACAAAAA